AUGGAGACCCUCAACGCAGCCGCUCGGACUCCAUUUCCGGUCCUCGGCAAAAGAACAGAGCCCAGGAAGAACCCAUCGCAGCCCAGCUGCUCCAUUCCUCGCUCCAAGAACCAGUGUUUGUCCCUCUCUAGAAGCUUCCAUGGCGGCCUGGUUCUCUUAUCCUCACUUAUCAGCUCGGAGAUCGCUAAAGCUCUCUCCUACGACGAGGCCCUACAGCCGUCAAUCGACGGCGCCUCGGGGAUCGAUAUCAACAGCGCAAUUAGCUUCGCGGCCGAAAAUCCGGUGGUAAUCGGCGGCGGACUGGCGGCGGCUCUGGCCGUUCCGUUGUUGGUCUCGCAGCUGGUGGGGAAGGGCAAGGCGUGGGGCGUGGAGAGCGCGAGGAGCGCCUAUGCGAAAUUGGGCGAGGAUGAGAAUGCCCAGCUGCUGGAUGUAAGAUCGACGGUGGAGAUUAAGGGAGCUGGGCGGCCCGAUUUGAAGGGCUUGAAGAAAAAAGCUGUAGGGAUUGUGUACAAAGGGGAAGAUAAAGUGGGUUUUUUGGAUAAGUUGAGUUUGAGGUUUAAGGAGCCACAGAAUACAACUUUGUUCAUACUGGACAAAUUUGAUGGGAACUCGGAGCUCGUGGCCGAGCUUGUGACAGCCAAUGGCUUCAAAGCUGCUUAUGCAAUCAAAGACGGAGCAGAAGGACCAAAAGGCUGGAAGAACACGGGACUCCCUUGGAUACCUCCUAAGAAAGGGCUGAGUUUGGACUUCAGUAGUUUAACCGAUGCUUUUGGGGAAGAUUAUGAGAUUGUGCCUCUUACCCUUGGCAUUGCUGCUGCUGCUGGUCUCGGAAUUUUUACAUUUACAGAGGUAGAAACAAUUCUCCAAGUUUUGGGUUCAGCUGCUCUUGUUCAGUUUAUUAGCAAGAAACUUCUAUUUGCUGAGCUUUUGUCUCAAGCAAAUGAUAUAUAUGCUUACUCUUUUAAACAUAUAAUUCUCCAGGAAAUUGGUAAAGCUUUGUUACCAAGUGUUGUAACUAAUAGCAAGGCCCUACCUGCCCCGGUAGAACAAGCCAGCCCUGUUUCAAGUUCAACCGAUGCUUCUUUACAAAAAUCUGAAUCUAUUCCACAAGUGGUCAACUCGGUUUCGAAAGCACAAGUUCAAAAGGAAUCACUUCCCAUUGCUCCAAGGCCACUUUCACCCUAUCCUAAUUAUCCCGAUUACAAGCCUCCAUCGUCACCCAUACCAUCGCAGCCAUGA